UUAUGAGUAAGUAGUGAUAGAUAAGUUCUCUCUGUGUACUUGAAAAUAGUUUUUUAAUAUUACAGAUACAUUGAAGCGUUUAUACUUUCGUGAACCACGAUGAAGAUAAUUACCUGUUCAAUUAUUCUUAUAGUAUUAGUUGGACAAAGUUCAACGCUUGAACCAGAUCAACUGACGUUUUUUUUGGAAUUAUUUCUAAAGUCAGUAUCUAAAAAAGACACUUUAAUUCCGUCCGCUAAUAUUUCCAUUCCAAAGAAUUUACAAGACAUUAUAAUUGGUGACUUAAAUUUGACCCAAGUAUACGUAUAUGGAUUCGAAACUUUCAAAUACAAAGAGAAGGUAUACAAAUUGGGCACAGAUAGAAAGUCAUUUACAAGGAACAGCAUUUCUGUUAAUACAACUCUGGAUAAACUUGGAUUGGAAGCUGAGUAUGUUUUGGAUAUGAGUUUACUAGACGCCAUUCCACUGUACGGGAAUGGCAAAUUUAGGUUAGAAGUCGCAAAAGUAGGAUUGGAUAUUAAUCUAAAUCUGUACGAUAAAAUGACUUUCAUAUUAGUACAAAAUAUAAGUGUAGAGGACUUCGAUCUUAGACUUUCUCUACGUGACUCCUCAAAUUCAGAAAUAACAGGCUUUUGGGGCAAUGUGAAAGUUAGCGCAUUACUCACGAAUGUUAUAAAUAUUGUUGAGCCCUUUGUGUGUAUGUGGUACGACUAUGAACGAGAGUGCCUAGAUUGUGUUAUUAGCAAACUUGCCCAGUUUGUAAUAAAUAAGUUAAUGCUCAAAGCUAAUACUACUGAAGACUUUAUUAAAUGCGAAUGUUUAGGGGAUUUAUCAUUUUUAACAAAGCUUCACUUGCCAUCCCUAGUUGAAUCUUGGGAGACAGAAGAUUACGGUUACAUAAAACAUCAUCUAAUAAAAAAUCCCGACGUGAAGAAAGUUUAUAAUAAAAUGUAUAAAAUCGUUUCCAAAAUACUGGUGGAGACCUUUGAGGAAAUGUAAUUUUUUUAUGAAUUGUAAUAACUAUUUCAAUAAAAACAAUCCAUAUA